CUGAAAACCAUUUUUCAACUUUUUCUUUUCUUUUCUUUCUUUCUUUCUUUCACUUUACGUAGACCAAGAUCAAGUUUAUUGAAGAUAGAAUCUCAAAAUGUCACAACGCAGUCGACUCUCAACUCAUUCAGCUACUUCUAAUCAUUCUACUACAACUAAUCUUGAUCAACUUUAUCAAUACACACUUCGAGUAGCUUACAUUUCUUAUCUUGCUUCAGCUCGAUCUCAAGCUUUAGCUCAUCAAGAAGAAGCAUCUCACAAUACUCCUAACUUACCGUCAUCUAAAUUACCUUCACUUCAUCGUCCACAUUUACGACAUCAAGCUGAAACUUGGACAAACGCACUCUUCUCGAUUGGUGAUGUUUUCAAGGAUGCUUCUGGCUCAAAAGAUGGAAAAAGUGCUAAAUUCCCAAAGGAACUGGUCAAGGUCCUUAGAGAUAAAAUCGAAAGAAUCGCAAAGGGGACUGAUCAGUAUCAUCAAGAUAUGUUAUUACGUUCGACUUUUGGGGUCUUCUAUGGAACAUACACUAGUGAUGGUUUCUUAAAGCAAUUAAAGGAGAACAGAAAAAUUGAAGAGUUGAUUUUGUCAUUUGUCACUACGGCCACUACUGUCUUAAAGAAACGAUUAGAUGGAGACGAAUGGAAGGUUCAUCUGAAUUCUCAAGUCGGAAUCUUUGUGACUAUCAUCCGAGAUUGUCUUCGAUCAAAAGAUGUAAAGGGUGUCUCACCCGAACUCAACGCACGUCUCGAUAGUUAUGCUUCUAAACUCGUCCCACCCAAUCUCGAUCAUCAUGCUCUUGGUCGAACAGACUAUAGACAGUCACUUCAUAUUGCAACAAACGUAUCUCCACAUCCAUCUACUUCGACCGAUACUUCCUCUAUAUCUCCUUGGGCUGUCAGCUAUAGUGUUCAAGACAUGUCAUCAAUCCUUUUGGUUGGUCUCCUCUUUGGCGUAUCAGAGGCUCAGCUUCAGAAAGAUGUCAAUGCGAUUAGAAAAAUUUGUACAGAAAAAGCAGCAAUUGAGGAUCUCAAAUUAUGUAUAUCCAAUAUCUCUCAACAAUGUCGAUUUCCGGGUCGACGCCGUGAUUUCUCUUCAGAUGAAGCAUAUCAAGAAUGGCGUACGAGUGAGCUUACUGCACUUCAGCAAACAAUGUUACAGAUGAUCAAGAAUAAUCCAGAGCUAGUGCAUACUCAAUCCACAAACGGAAGUAACAAUGCCUCUGCUGCGUCUACAAAUACUGGGAGUGGCAGCGCUGGAGUGGGUGAUGAUUUUGUGGUAGUGAGUGGAAGGGAUGGUGCAGGUACGCCAACUCAUGCGAUCGGUCAUAAUUCGGCUGUGUCUAGUAAUCAUACAUUUGAGGACGGAUCCAAUCAAUCUAACCAGUCCUUUACAUACAUACCUCCUAACCCUAUCAGUCACUAUAUCAAGCUGAUGGACCAAUGUCUGGAUUAUGAUUUAAAGUCAAUGUCAGAUUUGGAUGAGAAUGAAGAAGUCUCAUUGAAGAUUUUAACUACAAGUCAUUUAGAAUUACUCGAGCAAUGUGGAUCUCGGUGGCGGCUGAUGUCUCCCUUUAAAAUCUUGGUCUUCUUUAAUGCGAUUUGUAAGCGAUUCGAAGAUGAAGAAAUUCCAAUCAUUGAAUGUGUGAUCGAAGCUUUGAAUGAUGUGAUCAAGUUGCUCGACGAAGUCGCCUUAGAACGAUGGGCAAUUCGUGAUAAAGGAAUGAUCAUCAAAACCAUGUCAAGCUUGUUUGAUACCCUUCUACGAAGAGUUUAUGAAGCCGCACAAUCAACCGUCGAUGGCAAACCAACAGAUGAUCUUCCCAAUAUACUCGAUACCUUGAUGCUAGUUUAUGAAUCAGAACCAUUCCAGAUGAUCAGUGAUCUUGAACAACGAUUUCUUGAGUUCACUGAAGCUGUGACUCAACUAUAUGACCGAUUGUAUACAAUCAAAUCAAAUGAGCUUUUCGCUCGUGAACGGCCUAAUGAUAUCGUACCUUUUCUUGAAUUGAUAAGCUGGUUGAACUCCUCAUCUAGUCGACUCAAUAAACGUUUUAAGCAACCUAUCUUGGAUCGGAUCGACCUAGUCCAAAUCUUCCUUGGCCGAUUAUGUCAACUCUUGGUAGAAGAUGUGGACGCUAUGAAGGCAAUGCUUUUACCACCUCCUUUACCACUUCAAAAUCAUCAAAAACUAAAUCCCACAAAUGAGAAAAACGACGGAGGCUCUGCGGAAGCCACGCAAGCCUCGUCUAAUGUGAAUGACGCUGAUAUUCUUGACUUGUAUAGAUCACUUCUAGAUAUCAAGAAGAAGCAUGAUAUGUGUAAUCCUGAUGCCGAAUUGCCACUCAUGAUAGAUGAAUGGUUCGGGCCUUAUAUGCAAUCCUGGUUAGAUAGUGUCGAUGCUAAAACUACCGGUUGGGUGCAAUCUGCAAUCAAUGCUGAUAAGUUUUUACCUGAAGGAAAUGAUUCGCACAGCUCUUCCGUUGUUGAUUUGAUGGACUCUUGUAAAUCAGCGGUAGACUUUGUGCAAAAACUGAAUUGGCCUAAUGAAUAUCAAAAUGCCAAGUUCAUGACUAGACUAGCUCGGACCAUCAGCAAGUCUAUUGAGCAAUAUUCACAGACAAUGGAACAGGCUUUUGUUAGUGAGAUGUUCCCGAGGGCUAAUACGGAUGCGGAUCGCGAAGCGAAUCGAUCGGCAAUAUGGACUCGCGCUAAACUCGCUGUACAAGGCGACAAGAAGCCUGAUGCGUUCAAUUUCCAAGAAGCUUCAUGUGUGAAACUGAACAACAUCGAGGCAGCCAGAGUGCUAUUGGACAAGAUGUACAGCUCAAUCGAUGCUGAUAACGUGGCAAGGAUUAUCCAUGAAUACGAACCCGAACUGCAUGAUCGACCCCAGAAGCAGGCCUCGGGUUUUCUCUUUACCGUCAAGGUCGUGAUGGCUGAAGGUCUAGUGAAGGCUGAUGGAUCAUUGAAUAAGAUCGAUCCCUUUUUGACCUUGAGUGAUGAAAAAGGAAACCGAAUAGCAAAGACACGUACACUUUAUGAAACCACAUCACCUCGUUGGAAUGAGACCUUUGAUAUCUCGGUCAAAAGUCCACUUUGGUUAGCUGCGACGAUUUAUAAACGAACUCUAAUGGAAAAGCACGAGGUAGUAGGACGUGCAUUCUUACAUCUCAAUCCUAAAGUUUUCGAUGAUUUCUUGGCCCAUGACCUUUUCCUUGAUCUUGAUACACAAGGAAAGGUUUUGAUGCGGGUAAGUAUGGAGGGUGAGAAGGAUGAUAUUCAGUUUUAUUUCGGACGAGCAUUCCGUUCUUUGAAAAGGGCUGAGACAGAUAUGGUACGAAUGAUAGUAGACAAAAUCUCGCCUGUAAUCCGGUAUUUCUUAUCGCACGCCAAUUUACGAAAGUUGGUACCAAGUCAAGGGUUUAUGCGAUCGAUUGAUAUGUCGAAAAUGUCAACGAAGAUUGAUAUCGAUCUCUCGAAGAUGACAAGCUACGGUGCUGCGAUGAAGGCAGAGUCAACCUCUAGUGCAGAAGCAAUGAGGAGUAAGGGACCAAAAGUAUUGACGGAUUCAGAUAUCGAAAAUGCGAUUGCGGACUUGUUUGAGUACUUUGAUCAGUGCAUGUCCGUACUGAAGCAUGCACUCAGUGAGACUGCUGGUCGUCUGGUCAUGAGCAAAAUAUGGAAAGAGAUCCUGUCAAUCAUCGACGGGCUACUCUUACCACCGCUGUCGGAUCAACCUACAGAUAUGAGACCAUUGAGCGAGAAAGAAGUAGACGUAGUCUUGAAGUGGCUUAAAUUUCUUACCAAUUUCUUACAUGCAAACGGCGAAGGUAUGCCGAUUGAAGAAUUGCAUAAUCAGAAAUAUAAGGAAAUUUGGUCGAUCGGCUUUUUCUAUGAUCAACAUACUGAUCAUCUCAUGGAAGAAUGUGUACGAGCUAUGCAACAGCAUUUGAGUCUAGCGCCCACCAAGUUAGUGACAAGGAACAAAUCAGUUUAUCAACAACGAAACCUGGGGACGAUCAGGAAACGGAAAGCUGAGAAGAAGUUAGACCAAGAACCUACGAGUAGUGAAAUGAUCAUGAGGAUCCUAAGGCUAAGGCAAGCUCAACUUUCAUUAUCAUGA